AUGUCUUCAAUCACCCCGAGAUCCCUUGCUGCUGCCCUCUUUGUCCCCGACGGCGAUGAGUACCAUCAGUGUCGAAUCUGCUUCUCCCGUCGGAAGCAAGUUCGUGGGACUGGGACGAUUCAACGAUGGGACGGCAGCUUCGACACUUUCUUGAAGGGCGAUGGAUUCCCCAGCACAACUUAUCACUGGUUGGACUGGAUUAUCAUGGAGAACCGCGAACGGAGCAUGUGUGAAAAGGUGAAGACGCGGAAGUACACUCGCUUGAACCGAGUAAGCACAAAGACGCUGAAGAAGAGCAUGUUCGGGCUGGAAAGCGUCGUCCAAGGAUGA